AGCCGUUGCAAUUCCACGCUAUUACUACUAGUCAUUUCCACACCCGUUAUUCCCAACCGCAUCGCGUCGCGUCGCCGGCUCAAGCAAACGCACCGGCGCCUCUCGCCGUCGCCGUCGCCGCCAUCUACCAGCGCCUUCUUCUCCGGCGCAUCCGUUUCACGCCCUCUCACUUCCUCGCCGGUUUCCACGGAGGAGGGAGCGAUCCAAUCCUCCGAGGAGGCGGCGGCGGCUGCGGGAUCGCGGGAUUCGUCGUUCGAUCUGUGUGGCUGCGGGUGCGGGGGGGAGUGGUCGAUGGCGGCGGCGGCGUCCAGGAAGGAGGAGGAGAGGAACGAGCGGGUCGUGAGGGGGCUCCUCAAGCUGCCGCCCAACCGCAGAUGCAUCAACUGCAACGGCCUCGGGCCGCAGUACGUGUGCACGAGCUUCUGGACAUUCGUCUGCAUCUCCUGCAGCGGCAUCCACCGUGAGUUCACGCACCGUGUGAAGUCAGUAUCUAUGUCGACGUUCACCACGCAAGAGGUCGAGGCCCUCCAGAACGGUGGGAAUCAAAGAGCCAGAGAAUCGUUCUUAAAGGAAUUUGAUGCUCAGAAAAUGAGGCUACCUGAUAGCAGCAAUGUCGACAGUCUUAGGGAAUUCAUAAAAGCUGUUUAUGUGGAGAGAAGGUAUGCUGGUGGAAGGUUUUCUGAAAGGCCUCCAAGAGAUAAACAGAAUCAAAAGAACAAUGAACAAGAGCAUAGAAGGGCUAGUUCGUACCAUUCAUUUUCUCAGAGCCCACCUUAUGAUUACCAAUACGAAGAAAGACGCAAUGGCAAGCAAUCCGUGAUGCUAACUAGGAAACCUGGUUCAGAUAGGGGGCAUGAUGGGAAGAUGUCUGGAUUUGCUUACAGUCCACAGAGCCUGCAUGAGAGGAUGUCAGAAGACCGAUUUGCCAAUGAGAAUUCUGGACCAAGAAUUUCUGACUGCUCAGGGUCAAGCAUCAGUAAUACAUUUAGAACGACACCACACUCACCGAAUUUCCUUGAUAAAGGGUGUUCCAGCCCCUCUAUGCAACAAAAUCAAUCAAACAUACAGGCUUCUAGUGGAAUCACUCAAUCUGAGGUGAGAACUAUAUCAACAGGAAACAUAGAUUCGUCAUCUACAAAAUCAAGCAAAUCAAGCUUAGCUGAUAUGUUUUUUGAAUCUGAUAUUGCUCAUAGAACUCAGCAAACGAAGGAUUGCAUUACUCCAAGUUUCACAGCUUUCUCUGAUGUUGCCAACAUUGCACAGAAAGAUCUCCUUAAUGAGCCUGUUGCGCAGCAACAACCUGUAACUGGUUUGGAUCAACCAGUAGAUUUUUUUGCUAGCAUGCCUCCGGCAACUCCAUCCACUGAUAGAAUGCUCACAGCAGCUCCAUCAAUGGACAAUGCUGGGUGGGCUACAUUUGACACACCACCAGAAGAAAAGCAACCUGGAGUGAUUGGGCUUUCUGGCAUUUCCGUAAUGGAUAAACAUGCUUUGAGUGGUGAUUUGUUUUCGUUUGAACCAAAUAAUGAUCAACCAACGUGGCUCCAGAGCUCAAAGACAUCAAAAAAUAAUGCUUCUGUGACUGAUCAGUCUGAUGUACCUUGUAAAUAUACAUCCUCUGAUGCAAGUAAUUCUCAGGCUUGGAGUGCUUUUGAGGCCAAAAGUGUUAGCACCCAACAAGCCUCGCCAGAUCUUUCACUAAUGAGUUCUAUAGAACCUAAAGAACCAAUUGAUGAAAAUAAAUUGCAGCUCUGGCAUUCAUUCGAUGAUGCAAGUGAGACUAUGACUCUCAAUCUGUCCAAUGCUCAGCUGCAAACUAAUGAGCACAAGAAUGAAUCUCGUGGUAAUGAUUCCCAAGAAAUUUUCAUGGGUGGAUUAGCUCCUAGCGAACCCUUUGCUCCAUUCCCUGAGCCAUCACUGUUUGCUACUACUUCCGUGGGAGAAGCCUCUGUACAGCAGAUGCCGUUGAAUCCAUUUGAUCUUCCAUUUGAUGCUGACUCGGAUUCUCCAGAUAUGUUUAUGGAUGUGACAGCGUUGCAAGCGGUUUUGCCUAAUGCUGACCUAUCAACUUCUUUCGUUGAUGGUUUGCCGGAAACAUGGUUCUCCAACAAUGCGUCCGCUUAUGUUCCACCGGGGUCACAUGGUGGACCUCCAUGCCUUGUCGAGCAAAUCCCCAACUCUGCACUCAGGAACAUAACAUUGAGCGCUGUAUCAACUGGAAAUCCUUUUGCAUAGAAAAUGGCCUCAGCCUUCAGUUUACAAACUAGAAAAGCUAAAGGCUCGGUAAAAUCCUUUUCCAAAAAGCAGCUCACCAGUCACCACCAAAUUACCAAUUGGUGUGUGAUUCCGUCCUUUGGUUAGUGAAACUAUGCAUAUGUACAAACAAGGAGGAACAUCGUGAAGGGGACUGUGCGGAGAAAUUUUGCACACAUAUGGUACAAACCAAGGAGGAACAUCAUGAAGGGGACUAUACGGAUAGGAUAGGAUGCGACUCGUUGGUUGUGGCAAAUGACAAGCUCGGAUGUGGGAAAUGGUAGACUUUCUCACAAAUCUUAUCAACAACUGAAAAUCAGUUUUAGUGUAUUUUCUUUAGGCAAAUGUGUACGGAUACCAUUGCUCCUUGGAGCUAUAGUGCAGCAUGUUAGCUGCGGAGUUCACUGGAAAGAUUUUUUUUUUUUUGUGGAAGUGAUUAUUUAGAUUCCUCGGUAUAUGGAUCAGUCCCAGAAUCCUAUUUUCAGUUUUUUUUUGGACUAAACUAACAUUAUAGAUUGUCUUCAUUUCCACAAUAGAUCUGAGAAUUCGUUUUUUUUAACAAAAAUCUAAGAAGGAUUCACUCCAAACUUCAUAAUUUCUGAGUUGUACUCAUUUUUUUAUUACUGCACAAUUCUCUUUGUUUAUUUCUGAUGUUCUAGAGCUGAGGUGAAUGUGACGCUUCCCAUUAUUUGAAGGCUGCCAUAUGACGGUACACAACUUCUCUAAUCUUUACUUUGCUUCUCUAGAAUGCGUGAAAACUGGUCAAUUAACCACCGUUUUCUUUAAGUAAAUGUCAUUAUCUGUUUUCCUCUUAAGUUCUUUUAGAAAGAUCUUUUCCUCCCAAAAAGUAGGUAUCAGAAUUCAAAAUGUUUGAAAUUUGUACAUUCUUCUAUACUACUACCAUGUACCACCUAUAGAUCAUAUCCUAAUACUCCGUAUGGUAUAUACACAUCCCAAGGAAGGCUACAGAAGAGGAAAAAAAAAGUGAAAGAAAAAGAGAAAACUCAACACAAAUUCAAAAUUCAAAAAAGCCACUGCGAAUUCUGCGAUUCUCGGCUCA